CAAUAUUUCAAAUAUCAUGGGCGUGAAACCACAGACAAUUGCGCUUGCUACUGCAGGUGUGGCAGCUACAGCAGGUCUUGGCUACUUGAUUUACUUUGAUUACAAGAGACGUAACGACCCCAGUCUUAAGAAGAAACUGAGACGUGAGCGUAAAAAGGCUGCCAAGGAAACCAAGAGCGCCGAAGAGGAAGCCAAGGCAAAGGCUAUCAAGCUUAUCGAAGACGUUAUGGCUGCCGUAGACAAAGAAGUGUUCCCAGAGUCACCCGAAGAAAAGGAAAAAUACUUUAUGGCUCAGGUCGCAGCAGGUGAAUCGCUCUGUAACCAAGGCGAGGCAUUCUACAACGACAGUGUCCUGCCUUUUUACACUGCCCUCAAGGUCUACCCCGCUCCCCUCGAAUUAAUCAUGAUCUACCAAAAGACCAUCCCAGAACCUGUCUUCCAAAUCGUCGUCAGCAUAAUGGCUCUUGAACAACAAAAGCGCCAGAACGGCUUCUACGAGCAGUUCCCUCCCAAGGAGACUCAUGUAAAGAUUGGUGAAUUGCCUGCCGGUACCUCCCCCGAAGGAAAGCCCAUCAUUCGUCGUGGAUUGGUUGCUGCUGAGGAUAUUGAGGAAGGACAGACAUUGUACACCGAAUCCCCAAUGAUCUCUGCCCUUCACCCAAGCCUCGAGCGUACCUAUUGCAACCACUGCUUGAAAAAGAUUGAUCCCGAACACCGUGUAGAGUGCACCAACUGUGACAGAGUUGCAUUCUGCAGUGAAGAGUGUAAGACAGCUGCUACCGAGGGCUACCAUCAAUUCUUGUGCACCAACUCCAAGGUCCAAAAUACAACCUCUGAUGCCACCGCCGAACAGAAAGAUGAAGAACAAUUAGAAACAGAGAUUGCCGCUCUUGAAGAGGCUGCUGCCGAAGCAACAGCCGCCACAGCUGCCAUUCCUGUGCUCUCCGAAAAGGAGAACGUGUUCCUCAAGUACGCACAGGAGAACAACGUUAAAUACCCUCAGAUGAUUGCUCAAUUCUUGUCCACCAUGAUUGCCGAAGAAAAGGAAAAGACAAAGGCUGGAAAGGCUGCCGAGUCAAUGUACUCUGCCUGGGAUCACAUUGACAAGUACCGCUACUUGGAUCUCUCUCCUUCAGAGGCCACCGUUACUGAGAUGAAGAUGAUCAAGGAAUUGUUGGGCUCCAAGGUCCCAGGAAUUGAUGAGUUUUUGUCAGAGGAAAUCUAUCUGAUGCUCAAGGGAAAGCUUGGUUACAAUGCUUAUCCCAUUCUUGCCACCGAGGGUGAUGAGGUUGAUGCAGAGGCUGCUUCCAAGGAACGUAUUCGUGAACUUUCGGAAGAGCGUCCUUCUGUUGGUGCUGCUCUUUACAAGAUCUCUACCUACCUUGGACAGGGAGCAGACGAAACAACCAACACAAAAUUGGUAUUUGGUGACAACCAUGACAUUACCGUAGUCGCCACACGUGCUGUCAAGCAGGGCGAAGAGCUCUUUGCUCCUUAUGUUUUGCAGAAACCCCAAUAAUUUCUUUGCUUAUUUUUUUCCAUUUUAGACGUUAAAAAUCGCUUAUUUUAUUAUUAUUAUUAUAUAUAUAUUUUUUUAUUCUAUUAAAAAUUGUACAGCCAUUUUAA